CGCAGCGCCGCGGCGGGGGAGGGCCGGGCCGUGCGGCCGCAGCCUCCUCCAGCCCCGGGGCGCGGUGCGGCCCCGGCCUCGGCCCCAUCACAGCCCCGGCGUUUCCCAGGACACGGGCGGCGUCGCCCCGGUGAGGCGCCGGGGUGGGGGGGCCAUACCCGGUGCCCCCCUUCCCCCGUGAGGCACGCCGGGAUCGCCCCCCCCCCCCACCUCCUCCCCCCGCCCCGCCGCCGCCGCCGCCGCGCGCGCGCUGUCCCGCCUCUUCCUGGCGGGGCCGAAGCGGGGACCCGGUGCCCGGUGCCGCCGCCAUGACCGCAGCUCCGGGGCAGCGCCGGGCACCGCCGCCCCCCGCCCGUGGGCUCGACGCCGAGAUGCUCGCAGGGAUAAGCAGUGCCCGCCGCAGGUGUCAGUGCGACGUGGGGCCACAAUGAGCAGCGGCGAUGGUGGCACCAGGACAGACCGACCCGCAUCCCCGUCGGCCGGGCCCGUGCCCGUGGGCUGGCAGCGCAAGGUGGAGGAGGGCUCUGUCUGCUACAUCAGCCCCAGCGGCGCGGCGCUGACCUCACUGGAGCAGACCUGCGCCUACCUCCUGGCCGACGGGACCUGCAAGUGUGGCCUCGAGUGUCCCCUCGACAUGCACAAGGUAUUUAACUUCGACCCGGGGGCAGCGGUGGCCGGGCGAGGGGCCCCUGGAGCCCAGGGCCAGCAGGACAUGACCAAACUCUGCAACCACCGCCGGAAAACAGCAGCCAUGGCCACGCUCUACCGCAGCAUGGAGGGCCCCCCAGGCCUCUGCCGCCCAGGCACAGGUCCCGGCCUGACCCCGCUGCUCUCAGCAGAGGGGCACCCGCCCACUGUCCCCAGCACCGGCACCCCCCUGCCCGGCGCUCUCGGCAGCUUCCCCAGGGUCCCCUUGGGGACGAAGACCCCGGAGGCCACAUCUACCCCCACGGGGACCUGGCUCGUCGCCUCGCCCUUCCUGCAGCCCCAUGGCAUCGUCCCUGGGGCCGCCGGCACCCCUGACGCCUGCUCACCUACUAGCCCCUGCUUUGGCCUCCCCUUGCCCCCGCCGGAUGCAGCCACUCCCCCCAGAUCCCCCGUGGCCCAGAGCCAGUGCCCCCCGGGCAGGACUAGCAACUGGGCAGGCCCAUCGCAGGGGGCCACUGGAGAAGGGCCGGGGCCGUCCCUGUCAGCCACCACCAGUGCCCCCCAGGUGGGCGAGGUGGAUUCUCCAGUCAGCGAUGCCUUAACCAGCCCCAGCAGCAAUAACCCACCAGUGCCCUUAGACGCUGUCCCCGAGGGCGGAGGCUUUUUGGGGCUGCCACCAACAAGCCCCCCCUUCCCUGCCAGCAGCCUGCUGAGCUCGGCCGCCGAGGCCCAGCUGGGCAGCCCCCACCCCACGCCCGCCCCCAGCACUUUACCCCCCUGCCCGCUCCCCCCCGCCACGUUGCUCUCUCUCCUGGCUGAGUGCGCCCCGGGCAGGGGGGCCCGAUGGCGCCCCGACCCCCCAGAGCCGGCAGCUUCCAGGGUGCCCCCUGAACCCAAAGGGACGCCCCCCGCGGUGAUCGGGCAGCCUCUGGUAGCCCUGCUGAGCCUGCUGGGUGCUCAGGGCUACCCCGGGGAAGGGGGUCCAGGGGGGUCCAACCUUCCACUGGGCCCCCUGCCUGCCACCAACGGCUCGCCCUGCCCUGGCACUGGGCUCCUGCCCCCUGGCCGGGACGUCAGCGGGCAGCUCCUGGGUCUCUUCGGGCAGCUGGCAGCAUCUUCCGAACCCACCUCAGGGACCUCCCCGCGGUCAAAAGCCUCUGGCCCGACCGGUGGCCCAGGUGCUGCAGCUUCUCCAGGUGUCCCCAAAGGCGCUGUGGCCCCAGGGGCUGGCAGUAAUCGGGAGGGGGGUGCUGGGGGGGUGCCGGGCUGCCCGCUGCCCCCUGCGACCAAACCCGUAGCCUUGGCGGGGCAGGAGCAGGCGCUGGCACUGGGGGGCUCCCUGCCACCGGGCCUCCUCCUGGCCACCCUGCCCUUCUCGCUAGCCCUGGGCCAGCACCCCCCAGCCUGCGGGGGAGACCCCGAGGGGCCCAGCCUGCCCUCCCUGCUGGCGGCCUCUCUGCUCCCGCUGCCCCUCGGCGUCUCCCUGCCCGCCCUGGACCUGCUGCCCUCGCCGGGGACGCUGCUCUCUGCCCUGCUGCCCCUGUCCCCCACCCCUCGCCAGAGGAGCCCCGAGGGCUGCCCGGCGCUGCCCAACCGAGCCCCGUUCUUCUCCGCGCUGCCCGCCUCCCUCGCCCUCCACCCUGCACUGCUGGCUGCCGGGUUGGGCCCCCCCGAGCCUGCCCCCGCCGCCCCCCCGCAGUCCAGCCUUGCCAGCCCCUCUGUGGCACCUACCUCGAGCGGCGCCCUCCCCGCGACUACUGAGCCCCCGGGCGAGGAGGGCCGGGCCCCCGCCAGCCCCACCAGCGCUCUGGAGCCUCUCAACCUGCUGGCGCCCGCCCUGCUCAGUGCCACGCUGCUGGGCAACGUACCGGCGCUGAGCCCCCUCCUCCAGAACCAGCCACUGCUGCCCCCCCUGGGACUGUCCCUAAGUCCGGGCUCCCCCCUCGGCACCGCUGGCCCCCUGGCUAGCCUGCUCCAGAGCCUGCAGCUGGGCCCCAGGUUCGGCUCCCCUGAGAAGUCGGCGACACUGUUGGGUCCCAGUGCUGGAGGCUCCCCCAGCCCCCCUGCACCUCCUGCCCCCCCCGAGGGCACCCCAAGUGCCUUAGAGCUCCCUGAGCCCCAUCCGGCCGAGCCGGGCAGCCCCAGAGCCAGUGGGGGUGCCCGGGGGUGCCCCACCUCACGGCUCCCCCGCAAACGGGGCCGCCGGUGGGCCGAGGGGCUCGACAGGGAGACGCCGUCCCUUUGUGGGCCCCCCAGCAGCAAGACCCCCCGGCGUGGGGCUGGCCGGGGGGGCUGGAGCACUCGGCGGCACUUCAACGGGCAGGUGGGGGACAAGGGUGGGAAGGGGCUUCCCCCCGCAGCCCCCCCGGCUCCCCACCCUGCCUGGCGCUGCAAUGGGAACAUCCUGGCCGCUGAGCAGCAGCUCAGAGUGGAGGAGAUCAAGCACCCCCCGGCCCAGCGCCCGCCUGGAGACUCCGCAGCGGAGGGGGCUCAGCACCAGCCCCGGGGCCGGCCCCGCUGCGGACCUGGCUGUGGCUCGGUGGCCUGGGCGCCCUGUCAAGAACCGCCGGAGGAAGCUGCUGACGUGACAGUGCCGGGGUGGGGGCACCCCCAGCACCCACCUAUGGAUCAUGGCUGGGGCGGGGGGGGGAUCACAGCCCCCCCCCCCCCGCCCUCCACCGCUGCGGGCCACAGGCACCGGCAGCACAUCCCAGCUGUGGGCAUGGCCCGCUCACCUGGGUCCCCCUCUGGCAGCGUUGUUGGGGGGCGGGGGGGGAUGCACUGGAGCGGGGGGGUUACUCCAAGCACAGAGUGACUGUCCCCUCCCCAGACGCAGCACUUCCGAAGCCAUUUUCUAUAUGGGGUGGGUCAACGGUGUCAUCGUCCCCCCCACCUCCGUCACCCUCGGGGAAGCCCCCAUGGCUGGGGGGACAGGAUUGGUGCUACGGGACGUACCGAGGGUGGGGGGCGGGGGGGGGGAAGCCAUCCCUGCCCGGGGGGCGGGGGGGCAGCUGUCUCCUCUCCCCCCCACCCCGGUACCUCAGGCCCCGGGGGUGUCACGGUCCCAGGGCCAGAUCUGCUCAGGGUUAGUUUAGCAAGAGGCUCUCCCUCACCAAAAAACAGGUGUCGUCCGCCCCCACAGCCCUUCCCAGCCCCCCCCCCCCUUGCCAUACCAGCAAUAAU